AUGGCCGUAGAAAUUGUAUAUUCUCCAAAAGAUGUAGCGCAGUCGAAAGAGCAAGUUCAUUUGAAGAGAAAUGGAGAUUUCUGGAAUCGUGUGAACUUGGGGACAAUCAUAGUGGAACACAUAGCGUGUUUGUUUGCUCCUUUCUACUUCACUUGGAAUGCUUUCUGGGUGACAGUGAUACUGUACCUAGUGACGCUAAAUCUAGGAAUUAUUGUUUCCUAUCAUAGAAACCUUACCCACAAGAGUUUUAAGCUCAAAAAACCACUUGAAUACUUGUUUGCUUAUAUUGGACUUCAUGCUGCACAGGGAGACCCUAUGUUUUGGGUAAGCCAUCAUCGUUACCACCACCAGUUCACAGAUUCUGCCCGAGAUCCGCAUAGCCCUAUUGAGGGAUUUUGGUUCAGCCACGUAGGCUGGGCUUUCCACAACAACUAUCUCCGGGAGAAGGUAGGAAAAUCAAACAAUGUGAUGGACUUAAAAAAGCAAGCCUACUACCGGUUCCUGCGGAAAACACAUCUACUUCAUCUUGUUGGACUUGCGCUUGUUUUGUAUGUCUUUGGAGGAUUACCACACCUUCUAUGGGGAAUGGGUGUUAGAAUAGCCGCGGUGCACCACAGCACGUUCCUAGUGAAUUCACUGUGCCAUACAUGGGGGCAAAGGCCAUGGAACACUGAAGAUUUAUCCAGGAACAAUUGGGUGGUGGGCUUAUUAUUAGGUAAUGGAGAAGGUUGGCACAACAACCACCACGCCUUUCAGUUCUCAGCUCGGGUAGGGCUCGAAUGGUGGCAGCUGGAUGUGCCUUGGUACAUUAUAAAGCUACUUGAGCAUCUUGGAUUAGCGACAAAUGUUAAAGUCCCUUCUGAGAUUCAGAAAUUACAAAUGUCUGUCAAAAAAUACUACCCAGUCUCCUCAAGAUGA